AUGGCAACUUCAAACAGACUUAGCCCUGCAUCGCAGGCUGCCAACAAAGUGUUCACCAGAGUAGACCUUGAUGGCCAUGCUCUCCCACCGUCACCUGCCCCGUCGAGCCCGCUCUCUGGGAGGAAGCGGUAUGCCUUGGCCACGGAGUUGGUCUACACCGAGUCCAAGGAUCAGUAUGGUGCCUCGAGCAUCCCCAUCUAUCAGUCGGCAACUUUCAAGCAGACGUCGUCCAACGGCGGCAACGAGUAUGACUACACCCGAUCUGGAAACCCCACCCGGACACACCUCGAGCGGCACCUGGCCAAGAUCAUGAACGCGACCCGCGCCCUGGCUGUUGGCUCCGGCAUGGGCGCCCUGGAUGUCAUCACACGUCUCUUGAAGCCGGGCGACGAGGUCAUCACCGGCGACGAUUUGUAUGGUGGCACCCACCGCCUCCUUACAUAUCUCAAGAACAAUCAGGGUGUUGUCGUACACCAUGUCGACACUACCAAUGCCGAUUCGGUCACAGAGGUCAUUUCGGACAAGACCGCCAUGGUCUUGCUUGAGACCCCGACAAACCCGCUCAUCAAGAUUGUCGAUAUCCCCUCGAUUGCAAGGGCAACACACGAGGCAAACAGCAAGGCGCUGGUGGUGGUGGACAACACGAUGCUUUCACCCAUGCUCUUGAACCCCCUGGACAUCGGCGCAGACAUCGUCUAUGAGUCCGGCACCAAGUACCUCUCGGGCCAUCACGACAUCAUGGCUGGCGUGAUUGCGUGCAAUGAUUCGGAACUCGGCGACAAGAUGUACUUCACAAUCAAUGCGACGGGUUGUGGCCUCUCGCCCAACGAUUCAUUCCUCCUCAUGAGGGGCGUCAAGACCCUGGCCAUCCGCAUGGAGAAGCAGCAGGCCAACGCCCAUCAAAUCGCAGAGUUCCUCGAGUCGCACGGCUUCCGCGUUCGAUACCCCGGUUUGAAAUCACACCCACAGUACGAUCUCCAUUGGUCUAUGGCCCGGGGCGCCGGCGCUGUGCUAUCAUUCGAAACCGGUGACGUUGCGCUCUCUGAGAGGAUCGUCGAAGCCACUCGACUGUGGGGUAUCAGCGUCAGCUUUGGCUGUGUCAACAGUCUCAUUAGCAUGCCCUGCCGCAUGAGCCAUGCUAGUAUCGAUGCCAAGACCAGACAAGAGAGGCAGAUGCCCGAGGAUUUGAUACGUCUCUGUGUCGGCAUUGAAGAUGCGGGUGACUUGAUAGACGAUCUCUCUCGUGCUCUUGUACAAGCCGGCGCGGUCACGGUCACGCUAGAUGGUUUCCACGCGCAUGAUGUGGACGCCGACAGUGAGACUCCCUCGGCCUAG